AUGAAAUCAACUAUAUCCUGUAUAAGAGGAUCAAGAGUGCGUCGGCGCCGUCAUACGGACAGGGGAAUAGCAACGGAGGUUGCUGAAAGUAAUUUAAUUAUUAACCUUUGAACUUGGAAUUUCAUAACUACAUUAAAUCAUACACUACAAUUAGGGUAAUUGUUCACGGAACAUGUUUCGUUCUUUCUUAAAAUUAAGUUUUUAACAUUCUUAGUUAGUUUUUUCCUUUUUAACUGUAUUCCGUAUUUUAUCAUUCUUUUCAUUGUUAAUACAUAUAUUACGUACUAUUACUGAUUAUUACUAUUAUAGAUUACUAUUAAUGAUAUGGACCAAAGAUACUUUUUAUGGACUAAACAUAUUUUUAUUAAUUUAUUUUGUUUGCAGUGUAAAUAAUAUUUUAUAUAUAUAUAUGCCUAAUAAAUCAUUAUUACUAUUAUUAUUAUUAUUAUUAUUAUUAUUAUUAUUAUUAUUAUUAUUAUUAUUAUUAUUAUUAUUAUUAUUAUUAUUAUUAUUAUUAUUAUUAUUAUUAUUAUUAUUAUUAUUAUUAUUGCUAGCAGAAGCCAUUCCUGUAUUGAAUAAAUUGAUAAUAUUUUAAGGCGUGUCCAGAUUGACAACGAACAUCAUCGCUGAAUUCACAGAACCGAAUUUCAUUCUUUGUUUCCAUCGCUGUGCAGUACACCGUUUCUGUGUUGCCAUUAACUACAGGGAGAAAGUUGAAGAAAAUAAACCGAACUGUCAAUUGACCAACACGACUAAACAAAAAUUUGACGAAAAUGCAAGCAAGAAAGACAAAGUUUGGACUUUUCGAAAGGUUGAUGCUGACAGAAAUUUAGUGGUAAGCAUGAGAAAAUGCCUUUUAUAAUGUAACAUUUAUACGACGCAAAGGAAUUGUUUUGCACGUGAAAUGUUCACAUUCGCAUGUCCUACAGGGGUUCUCACAGGUAUUAAAUGCCCGUAUUACAGGUAAAUGGAGUCAUGUAUAUUCUUGAGGUCCAAAAUAGACGUUUGGCAUAAGAAACAGUCGAGUUUUACACCACAACCACAAACGUUCUAUGAGAAAGACAAAGAGUUUUGAUGGACAAAACUGGGGAGGCAACCUAAUUUCAAAUGCAUGCUUCGUGGAAGCUGGCAAAUGGUAAUAUCAAGUUCAUUUAUCCAGUGGUUAUCCGCUUUAAACAUUGGAAUGUUGGUAACAAAAGUUUACAUGAAACAGUUUGUGACUCAACUGACGAACAAAUGCUUUGCCACAUUUUUAAUUUGUGUCUACUUUAAAUUUUGGUUAAAAGUGAAUCUACUUCGAGAAACAAAAACACAAUAUCCCUGGGAUUAAAGCUUGCUCUGUCUCUAAAAUGGAUACCAGUAUGUUGAUGAUCAUGUGAUGUUUUAUUUUCCAGACAUCCUGUGGAGGAGAAGUAAAUGAAUGUCACAAUGGUGGAACAAUGAUCUGGGAUCCAAAAAAACCUUUCGACUGUCUUUGUAAAGAGGGCUACGAAGGAGAGUUUUGUAAAAAAGGUAGUACAAAUUGUCUCAAGAAAUUACCCCCAUUUAAUCUAGUCAAUGUCGUGUAAAAUCAGAGUUGUUUACAAGUCUUAUUAAGUCCAAGUCCAGUCAUAAGUUAUUUCUUGGAAAUCUAAGUUAAUCACAAGUCAUUUAGCCCGAGUCAUGUCACAAGUCAUUUCUUGGAAAUUCAAGUUAAUCACAAGUCAUUUAGUCCGAGUCAUGUCACAAGUCAUUUCUUGGAAAUCUAAGUUAAUCACAAGUCAUUUAGUCCGAGUCAAGUCACAAGUAAUUUCUUGGAAAUCUAAGUUAAUCACAAGUCAUUUAGUCCGAGUCUGGUCUCAAGUCAUUUCUUAGAAAUCUAAAUUAAUCACAAGUCAUUUAGUCCGAGUCAAGUCACAAGUUAUUUCUUGGAAAUCUAAGUUAAUCACAAGUCAUUUAGCCCGAGUCAUGUCACAAGUCAUUUCUUGGAAAUCCAAGUUAAUCACAAGUCAUUUAGUCCGAGUCAUGUCACAAGUCAUUUCUUGGAAAUCUAAGUUAAUCACAAGUCAUUUAGUCCGAGUCAAGUCACAAGUAAUUUCUUGGAAAUCUAAGUUAAUCACAAGUCAUUUAGUCCGAGUCAGGUCUCAAGUCAUUUCUUAGAAAUCUAAAUUAAUCACAAGUCAUUUAGUCCGAGUCAAGUCACAAGUUAUUUCUUGGAAAUCUAAGUUAAUCACAAGUCAUUUAGCCCGAGUCAUGUCACAAGUCAUUUCUUAGAAAUCUAAGUUAAUCACAAGUCAUUUAGUCCGAGUCAAGUCACAAGUCAUUUCUUGGAAAUCUAAGUUAAUCACAAGUCAUUUAGUCCGAGUCAAGUCACAAGUCAUUUCUUGGAAAACUAAAUUAAGUUAAUUACAAGUCAUUUAGUCGGAGUCCAGUCAUAAUUCAUUUCUUGGAAAUCUAAAUUAAUUACAAGUCAUUUAGUCCUAGUCAAGUCACAAGUUUAAAGCUUUACAGAAUAAUAAAAAAUAUAUUAAUUACAAAAUUAAUUAGAAUUGAUUAGUAUAAUUUCAGUUGCUAGCUAUAUUGAAAUAACGGUUCUAUUAAAGCAAUGUGAAAUAUAGUUUGCCGAUAUUAGCAAAAAUGCUUUUCUCACUAGCUUCGUUGUUUAAGCCCAAUGUUUCUCUAUUUUGUCCUAGUAUAGUCAAUAUAUUGUCUGUGGCCAAGUCUAGUCCAAGUUGUUCUGUACAGUUUAUUUUACCAUGAACCAACAACAAUUAUAUAUUAAUAUAAUAGCCUAUAGUCAUAUUGUCAUAGUAGCACUGGCAAGCUAUUUCUUGCAAAUCCAAGUCAAAGCAUCAAUAUUUUUGUUCCAAUUCAAUUCACAAGUUGUUCAUCUGUUUAGAAAGUCAAAUCACAAAAAUUCCAACUCAAGUCCAUAAUUCGAGGCUACGACUCUGUUUGAAAUAACUUAAAUUUUUCUCACAUAAAUGUCAGCCUAACUCGAAGCUUUUAAACGCGUUUUCUUUUACAAGACAUCGACGAAUGUUCCAGGGAAUCAAGCAACAAAUGCCAUUCAAACGCAAAUUGUACGAACACUCCAGGUUCAUACAAAUGCCAGUGUCAUCCUGGGUUUAGUGGAACCGGAAAAGUUUGUACAGGUAUAGAUUAUCAUAAAAAUAACGCGUUGACGCGCAUGUCUCUCAAAUCAAUGUCUAUAUGUGUUACUAGCAAUUUCUAAAUUUGUAUUUCUUCGUCAUUUAUUCUUAUUUUUUAUUAUCAGAUGUUGAUGAAUGUUCCAAUGAAUCGACCCAUGACUGCGACACCAACGCAAACUGCACCAGCAGUCCAGGUUCAUACAACUGUCAGUGCUUCAGCGGUUUCGUAGGUGAUGGAAGGAAUUGCUCAGGUAAUGAAUAUAGCUAAGUCACUGAAUCACUCUCAGCUGCUUUGUAAUAUAACUCAUUCUUAUUUUUUAUUUCCAGAUUUUGAUGAAUGUUCCGAGAAUUCGACCAAUGACUGUGACGUCAACGCAAAGUGCUCCAACAGUCCAGCUUCAUACAACUGCCAGUGUUUCAGCGGUUUCGUAGGUGAUGGAAGAAAUUGCUCAGGUAUUGAAUAUAGCUAAGUCACUGAAUCACUCUCAGCUGCUUUGUAAUAUAUAUAACUCAUUCUUAUUUUUUAUUUCAAGAUAUUGAUGAAUGUUCCAAGAAUUCGACCAAUGACUGUGACGUCAACGCAAACUGCACCAACAGUCCAGCUUCAUACAACUGCCAGUGUUUCGGCGGUUUCGAAGGUGAUGGAAGAAAUUGCUCAGGUAUUGAAUAUAGCUUAGUCACUUAAUCACUCUCAGCUGCUUUGUAAUAUAACUCAUUCUUAUUUUUUAUUUCAAGAUAUUGAUGAAUGUUCCAAGAAUUCGACCAAUGACUGUGACGUCAACGCGAAUUGCACCAACAGUCCUGCUUCAUACAACUGCCAGUGUUUCGGCGGUUUCGAAGGUGAUGGAAGAAAUUGCUCAGGUAUUGAAUAUAGCUUAGUCACUUAAUCACUCUCAGCUGCUUUGUAAUAUAACUCAUUCUUAUUUUUUAUUUCAAGAUAUUGAUGAAUGUUCCAAGAAUUCGACCAAUGACUGUGACGUCAACGCGAAUUGCACCAACAGUCCUGCUUCAUACAACUGCCAGUGUUUCAGCGGUUUCGUAGGUGAUGGAAGAAAUUGCUCAGGUAUUGAAUAUAGCUAAGUCACUGAAUCACUCUUAGCCGGUUUGUAAUAUAACUCAUUCUUAUUUUUUUCCAGAUAUUGAAUAUAGCUAAGUCACUGAAUCAUUCUCAGCCGGUUUGCAAUAUAACUCAUUUUUAUUUUUUAUUAUCAGAUAUUGAUGAAUGUUCCGAGAAUUCGACCAAUGACUGUGACGUCAAUGCAAACUGCACCAACAGUCCAGGUUCAUACAACUGUCAGUGUUUCAGCGGUUUCGUAGGUGAUGGAAGAAAUUGCUCAGGUAUUGAAUAUAGUUAAGUCACUGAAUCACUCUCAGCUGCUCUGUAAUAUAACUCAUUCUUAUUUUUUAUUUCCAGAUAUUGAUGAUUGUUCCAAUGAAUCGACCAAUUACUGCGACACCAACGCAAACUGCUCCAAUACUCCAGGUUCAUACAACUGCCAGUGCCUCAGCGGUUUCGUAGGUGAUGGAAGAAAUUGCUCAGGUAAUGAAUCAAUCGACAAAGUGUCCAAAAACACUUUAAGUGCAGAGAUUUUUAAUUUUGUCGGAGAAAGGCUUCAAGAAUCCCCGACAAAUAACACACGAAGAAUCUUUUUGUUUUAA